AUGAAUGAACGAAUUAUAAAAGAAAAAUUAAAAGUUUCACUUAACCACAUGAACAAGAGAAGGCUAAGAUUUGACCUAAAAGUAUUUCCUAUAAAAAAAACAAUAUACGAAAUUUUUAACAUUUUUUCAAAAGGACUAAAAAAUAAAUUAAAGCAAACUUUGAUAGAGUUAAAAAAUAGGAAAACAAAAUGUGAUAUAUGCUCAGAAAUGAUUGAUACAUUCACCCCAUUUCUGUCAUACGACAUUGAUGUGAACAAUACGACAUUUUCUUUUCGCAAGAUAGAGGUAUGCUGCUCAAAAUGCUGCGAAAUAAAAAACUUUACCCAAUUUUCCCACGAGUUGCACAAAAACAUAAACUCGGACGAAUUUUUGAAUUUCUCCCCUAUUUACCAGCACUACUAUAACGUUAAUAAUUUGGAAAUGCAUCAGAAGAAGAUUCUUGAAAAUGACAUAAACAAUUAUUUCUCGAUGUGCGUGUUGGCAAAAAACUUAAGGUGGAAAUGCUCCACUCCACACAACACCUUGGACGAAUUUCUGGAAUUCUCAUUACGCAUCCUUGAAUCAGAAGAAUCACAAACAAUGAAUGACGAUGUGCCCAAAAAGAGAAAAACGGAAGAGACAUCACUAGAUCAUGUUUUUAACAAUUCAAAAAGGAAAAAACUACUAAGCACAUAA